AUGGCGCCUGGCGUCCUCGAACCAGCAGCGACUGCUGAAAAGGUUGUUUCGCUCGCGUCCCUUACUGAAACCUACGACGACACACUCCGCUUCUACCUCAAUGGCACAAAGGUCGAGCUGGACUCGAUAGAUCCAGAGAUUACACUACUCGAAUAUUUAAGAGGAAUUGGAUUGACAGGGACAAAAUUAGGCUGCGCAGAAGGUGGUUGCGGUGCUUGCACCGUCGUCAUCUCCCAACUGAACCCCACGACGAAAAAGAUAUACCAUGCUUCGGUCAAUGCAUGUCUGGCUCCGCUGGCCAGCGUGGAUGGCAAGCAUAUAAUCACAAUCGAGGGCAUUGGCAGUUCAAAGAACCCACACCCUGCUCAACAACGAGUUGCCAUGGCUAGUGGAAGUCAGUGCGGGUUCUGCACGCCAGGAAUAGUCAUGAGCUUGUAUGCCUUGCUCAGAAACCAUGGCCCCGAACCAUCUGAGCUGGAAAUCGAGGAGAACUUCGAUGGCAAUUUGUGUCGAUGCACGGGUUACAGGCCUAUCCUGGACGCCGCUCAGAGUUUCAACAAAGUAUGUGGCAAGUCGAUCGCAAACGGCGGCUCUGGGUGUUGCAUGGAGAACGGCGGCUCGUGUAGUGGAGAGACGCACGGUGCGGAUGCAGCAGUUGAAAAGAAGUUCACGCCUCCAUCUUUCAUCCAUUACGACAAGUCCACGGAGUUGAUAUACCCCCCAGCUCUGAAGAAGCACGACUUCAAACCGUUGGCGUUUGGCAAUAAGAGGAAGAAAUGGUAUAGACCUGUGACUCUCCAACAAUUACUCGAAAUCAAGAAUGCCUACCCCGGCGCCAAGUUGAUUGGCGGGAGCACAGAAACCCAAAUUGAGAUCAAAUUCAAAGCCGCACAGUAUUCGGCAUCAGUUUAUGUGGGAGACAUUGCCGAACUUCGACAGUACUCUUUUCACGAUGACUAUCUAGAGAUUGGCGGAAAUGUUGCCUUGACGGAUCUGGAGACCAUCUGUGACGAAGCUGUCAAACACUAUGGAGCUGUCAAGGCCCAACCGUUCAAGGCCAUCAAGAAAGCCAUCAGGUAUUUCGCCGGCCGCCAAAUCCGAAACGUUGGCACUCCUGCAGGGAAUCUGGCGACGGCGUCGCCCAUCUCUGAUCUCAAUCCCGUUUUUGUUGCCACGAAUUCAACCCUCAUUGCGAAGUCUCUCACCAAAACUACCGAGAUUCCGAUGGCUAGCUUCUUCAAGAGAUAUCGGGUGACUGCAUUGCCAGAAGACGCCAUCAUUGCAGCAAUGAGGAUCCCUCUCACCGCCGAGAAGGGAGAGUACGUCAGAUCCUACAAGCAAUCGAAGAGAAAAGACGACGAUAUCGCUAUCGUCAAUGCUUGUUUGCGAGUGGCCCUGGAUGACGACUACAAAGUAAAGAAUGCCAACCUGGUGUACGGGGGCAUGGCUCCUAUUACCAUCGAGGCCAAGAAGGCGUCUGAGUAUAUUGUGGGAAAGACAUUUACAGAUCCACAGACGCUGGAGGGAGUAAUGAACGCAUUGGAGCAUGACUUCAACCUUCCAUUCGGUGUCCCAGGAGGAAUGGCUUGGUACCGCAAAUCUUUGGCACUGGGUUUCUUUUAUCGCUUCUAUCAGGAUGUCCUUCUCAACGUUGAAGAAGCUAGCAAAGGUGCAGACAAAGAGGCCAUCGAGGAGAUUGAAAGAGAAAUUUCGCGAGGCCAGAAGGAUCAUGAUUCGUCCGUUGCCUAUUCACAGAAAAUUCUCGGGAAGGAACACCCACAUAUGGCCGCCUUGAAACAAUGCACUGGCGAAGCCCAGUAUACAGACGACAUUCCAGUGCAGAAGAACGAGCUUAUUGGCUGCCUAGUCUUGUCAACCAAAGCACAUGCCAAGCUAAUCAGCGUCGACGCCAGUCCAGCUCUCCAGCUUCCAGGCGUUAUUGCCUGGGUCGACAGGCAUGACUUUGCCGAUCCAACAGCGAAUUGGUGGGGUGCUCCUGUUUGCGAUGAAGUAUUCUUUGCCGAAGAUGAAGUCUUUACGGCUGGUCAACCCAUCGGCAUGAUCCUAGCAAACACUGCCCAACAAGCCGCUGCCGGUGCGCGGGCCGUGCUGAUCCAAUAUGAGGAGCUACCGGCCAUCUACACCAUCGAAGAAGCGAUCGAGAAGCAAAGCUUCUAUGAACACUACAGAUAUAUCCGCAGAGGUGACGUGGAGAAAGCAUUUAAGGAAUGCGAUUAUGUUUUCGAAGGGACGUCGAGAAUGGGUGGCCAAGAGCAUUUCUAUCUGGAGACCCAGGCAUCUCUGGCGAUUCCUAAGCCGGAAGACGGAGAGAUGGAGAUCUGGAGCAGUACUCAGAAUCCGUCCGAAACACAAGCAUACAUUGCAAAGGUGCUCGGCGUUCAAUCAAAUAAGAUUGUCUGCAAGGUCAAACGCCUGGGUGGCGGCUUUGGCGGCAAGGAGACUCGAGCUGUUCAGCUCGCCACUAUCUGCGCAAUUGCGGCAAAUAAAGUCAAGCGACCGGUCAGAUGCAUGCUCAACAGGGACGAGGACAUCAUGACCUCUGGGCAGAGACAUCCUUUCUUGGGCAUUUGGAAAGUUGGGGUCAACAAGGAUGGUAAACUGCAGGCACUCAAAGCCAACAUCUUCAACAAUGCUGGUUGGUCCCAAGAUCUGUCUGCUGCGGUUGUUGAUCGAGCACUAUCGCAUAUUGACGGAUGCUACAACAUCGCCAAUGUGGACGUGGACGGUCGUCUCUGCAAGACAAAUACUGUCUCCAAUAGUGCUUUCCGUGGCUUCGGCGGUCCUCAAGGCAUGUUUAUUGCUGAGUCGUUCAUGGAGGAGAUUGCAGACCAUCUGAAGAUCCCCGUCGACAAGUUGCGAGAAAUCAAUUUCUACAAAGAUGGUGAAGAGACACACUAUAACCAAGCGCUCGAGGAUUGGCAUGUGCCAUUGAUGUACAAGCAGAUCAAAGAAUCCGCCGACUACGACGCCCGCCGCAAAGCGGUUGAUGAGUUCAAUGCGACGCACAAAUGGCAAAAGAAGGGGUUGGCAAUCAUUCCGACGAAGUUUGGCAUUUCAUUCACUGCCCUCUUCCUCAACCAAGCUGGUGCCCUCGUUCACAUCUAUCAUGACGGUUCCGUCCUCGUCGCCCACGGCGGUACCGAGAUGGGCCAGGGGCUACACACCAAGAUUUGCAUGAUCGUGGCCGAAGCACUGCAGGUACCUCUCACCGAUGUGCAUAUCUCAGAGACGGCGACAAACACUGUUGCCAACGCUUCAAGCACAGCGGCAUCGGCGUCAUCGGAUCUAAAUGGCUAUGCAGCUUACAACGCGUGCAUGCAAAUCAACGAACGCCUGGCUCCAUAUCGCGAAAAGUUCGGCCCCAACGCCACUAUGAAAGAAUUGGCCCAUGCGGCCUAUUUUGACCGUGUCAAUCUUUCUGCGAAUGGCUUCUACAAGACUCCUGAUAUCGGAUAUGUUUGGGGCCCGAACCCUUCUGACCCAAGCUUAGAGAACACGGGAAUGAUGUUCUUUUACUUCACGCAGGGUGUAACCGCGAGUGAAGUUCUUAUUGACACUUUGACCGGAGACUGGACUUGUCUACGGUCAGACAUCAAGAUGGACGUUGGGCGAAGUAUCAACCCGGCGAUAGACUACGGCCAGAUCGAAGGUGCAUACGUCCAAGGCCAAGGUCUCUUCACAACCGAGGAAUCUCUUUGGCACAGAGCCAGCGGCCAGAUCUUCACGCGCGGGCCUGGCGCUUACAAAAUUCCUGGGUUUAGAGAUAUUCCCCAGGUUAUGAACGUGUCUCUUCUGAAAGAUGUGGAAUGGAAGAACCUACGCACGAUCCAGCGCUCGCGAGGCGUAGGGGAACCCCCUCUGUUUAUGGGAAGUGCAGUCUUCUUCGCCAUCCGAGAUGCCCUCAAGGCCGCCAGGAAACAGUACGGCGAAGACGACGUGUUGAGCUUACGAAGCCCUGCGACGCCCGAGAGGAUCCGGAUCUCGUGCGCCGAUCCUAUUCUGAAGAGGUGCCUGGUGGAACCAAGAGAGGGUGAGAAGAGUUUCUUCGUUUCGAUAUGA